AUAAUGAAAGUUUAGAAAAUUUCAACUGGUUUUUCAAAUGUCUAAAAUCAGCAGUUUCCGAUUCACCAAAGGUCAUUAUGAGUGACCACGACUUAGCAAUGGAAUCAGUCAUAGAACAACAAUUUCAAAACACACAUCACUUUUUGUGUCUAUAUCAUAUUUAUCAAAAUCUCAACAGGAAUUGGGCAUGGUGUUGGAAAAAUCAAAUAAUGAUGGCUGGUAUCAAAACAACUUCGUGUUUAGAAGGUUAUCAUGCAAUCAUAAAAAAAAAAUUACAUUCUAAUUCAAGUCUUGUUGAAGUUUUUGAAAAAAUUGAAAAUGACAUACAAAAAACAGAAAAAAUUAAAAUUAACAGUUGGUAUUUGAGUAAAAACAUCAAUUAUGGGUUUAACAACACCAUAAUUGAUGUAUAUAAAGAAAUAAUUGCAAACAUGAAAAUACACUUAUCAGACUUUUCUCAGUCUUUGAUUAAAAUAGAAAUGGAUGGCAAUUACUUUGAUAUUUUUGAUGUAAGAGGUUCUUCAUUACGUGAAUUAAUCUUGGCAGCUGAAGAAAAUCCAUCAGAAAUUUGGAAAUUAUAUCACUAUAAUUCAAAUAAAAACCAAUAUGUCCUUGUUUUUGCUGAUGUUUUAAGAAGUAGCAAAAUCUUAAAAUUUCAUAUAAGUGUGAUCGCAAAAAGAUGGUUUAAGGAUCCAAUAGAUGAUAAUAAGUUGAAAAAGGAAAAUAUCUUGAGUA